AUGGAUUCAGUACAUGAAGCGGCAGUUCGUGGUACUAAUGAUGAUGCAGUCAUCAGCAAAGCGUCGGCUGUACAGGCAGCUUAUAUUUCUGAUAACUUUGUGAAAUACUUUGUCAAACGACCGCCUCGGCGUCCCCCUAUAAUCAACAGAGGAACCUAUGUACGCACUACCGGACUGGACAUAUUGAUAACAAAGUUCCUGGAGACCGUGAAAGCCAAGAAACAAAUUGUAUCAUUUGGCGCCGGGUCGGAUACGCGAUAUUUUUCAUACAAGGAGAGAUCUCGACCAUUUCAUAAAUACUUUGAAAUCGACUAUCCUGAGAUUACGAGUAGGAAGGUAGCCAUUAUUCGUAGACACAAGCAGAUGUAUACAUUAUUGGGUGAAUCAGCACGACUUGGUAUGGGUGGUAUGGAACUUUACGCAGACGAUUAUUGCUUGAUUGCUGGCGAUCUAAGAGAAUUUACCACCCAUGUAGUCGACCGGCUAAUCCAGCACGGCUUUGAUACAAGUUUACCAACUAUAUUUCUUUCAGAAUGCGUACUUAUCUAUAUGGAGUCGGGAGAUUCCGAUAAAAUCGUACGAUGGGUUGGAGAGAAUAUGAGUGCUGCGGUGUUUGUUGUAUACGAGCAAAUCCUUCCUGAUGAUGCGUUCGGGUCAGUAAUGUUGCAGAAUUUGAAACUGAGGAAUAUUGAACUUCGAGGCAUUUAUGCGUAUCCGAGUUUGGAGAGUCAAAAAGAAAGAUUCUUGAAGAGAGGUUGGACGCAUGCUGAAGCUAUAGAUAUUAACAAAAUGCACGAUAGGCAUAUUGAUCCACGUGAAUUGGAAAGAAUAUCAAGGUUGGAGCUACUCGAUGAAGUUGAGGAAUGGCGUUUGCUGUCCGCGCAUUAUUGUAUCGCGUGGGCGUACGUUGCUAAAAACGAAAGUAUAAUGGAAAUGCUCGAACAAGUGAAAUUUGUCUAUUAUGAUCCAAUACCACCGACACGGCGUAUUGUUACCACAUGA